AUGGCUGCUAACGCAUCCGAGCAGAACGGACGCUCAUCUAUUGGUGGUAACAUGUCUUCGUCUGGCGUGAACAACGAUCGUGCAGGUGGAUCCCGCAAAGGAAGCAAUGGCUUUGGUGGUCACAACAACGGUUUGCACACCAUUUGGAGUGAUCAACAGAACGGUGAUAAUAGCUUCAAGCCCAGUUCGGGCUCCAGCUCCUUGCUGUCCACUUCAGAAUCAGAUGGAUGGGCUGCGCGCCACAAUGUGCCCUGGAGCACUUCGAACGCUCCCGUGACAACUAGUCAGAACCGGGGCAUGGGUCAUUCGCCCAACCAGGCACGCGCCAACGAUCGUAGUGCACCUGCCAUGAAUGAAGCUUCUGACAGCUCUUACUUUGCGCUGCCUCGUUCUUCUGCUAUGCCUAGCUCUGCAGGCGGUGCGAGUCGAUCGUACCUGCAGGCCCCAUCUGGGGGUAUCUCUCCUACAGACAAUAUGUCAUACCCUCCUUUGUCUGGUCGUCAACCUAUCACUUCCGCUGGUCAUAACGGAAGUCCUGUUGGAGUCAACUACCCGUACUCGACAUCUCUCGAGACUGCGCGGGAUGAUAGAGCUGCCCGCCCUCGUGCAUCCGGCAACAUGUCUCCCCCGCCGCUGCGCAAUGGCGCUCACGUGUCCCACAAUUCAGUCUCUUAUACCCAGCGACCGGUACACUCCGCCCACCCCUCUUUCUACUCGGACAGUCACGGUGAGGGUUCCUAUGAGAGCAGUGUUUUGGAGAUAGCCGCGGGCUUGAACGCUUUGCAGUUCAAUGACGCUGAAUUGGCCCUCGCCAAUCAGGCCAUCCACCGAUACGGACCCCAGGUCCCUGAUGCCUCUGUUCCCCGUGCUCGGUAUCAGAGCAGCGAGGAUAACUACGAUGCUAUCAGCCGGUACAUCGCCGAAAAUUCCCAGGCCAACUUCCAGUACCAAUCACGUUCUCGUAACGGCAACACGGGCUCUAACUCUCCCUCUGAUUACGGCCGCAUGAGCAGUCCGCUCUACCCUGGCAUUGAAGCUCCUACUCACUACAACGGUGGCGGUAUCCCGAAUCCUGAGGUCGUUAAUUUCAAUCGCCGCAUGCGCUCCAUUCACGAGCGUGACCUCAUGCAUGCCCAAACCCCUAUUCAGCGCAUGUCAAACCAGAUGCAGGCUCAACAGCUUGAUUACCCUAUGGGAUACCAAGCACGUUUGCCCGCGUUGCAAAACUACUAUCAAAUGAAUCAGCUUGGCCAGAUUGGAGCGACACGCGCGCACCGUGUCCAAGAGAUUGACUCUUCCCAGGGCUCUCGCAGCGCUCUCCUGGAAGAGUUCCGGGCGAACACCAAGGGUAACAAGCGUUAUGAACUCAAAGACAUCUACAAUCAUGUCGUUGAGUUCAGUGGUGAUCAGCAUGGAUCUCGUUUCAUUCAGCAAAAGCUUGAGACCGCUAAUAGCGACGAGAAAGAACAGGUGUUCCGUGAAAUUCGCCCUAACGCUUUACAAUUGAUGACUGACGUCUUCGGUAACUACGUUGUUCAGAAGUUGUUUGAACAUGGUAACCAGACUCAGAAGAAACAGAUGGCUAACCAGAUGCGUGGUCAUGUUCUCGCCUUGUCUACCCAGAUGUACGGGUGCCGAGUCGUUCAGAAGGCCCUUGAACACAUUCUCGUGGACCAGCAGGCCUCUAUGGUCAAGGAGCUAGAACACCAUGUCUUGAAGUGUGUUAAGGAUCAGAACGGUAACCACGUGAUCCAGAAGGCAAUUGAGCGAGUGCCGACACAAUACAUUCGCUUCAUUAUCGAUGCCUUCCGUGGCCAGGUUCACCGCCUCGCUGCCCACCCUUAUGGAUGCCGUGUUAUCCAGCGGAUGCUGGAACACUGUGAGGAGGAUGAUCGUCAGGAUAUCCUUCGGGAACUACACUCGUGCACCACCACCCUUAUCCCUGACCAAUUCGGUAAUUAUGUUAUUCAGCAUGUGAUUGAGAAUGGUGAAACGGAGGAUCGCGACCGCAUGAUCAGCCAUGUUAUGUCGCAGCUUCUUACAUACUCCAAGCAUAAGUUCGCGAGCAAUGUUGUUGAGAAGAGCAUUGAAUUUGGAGGAGCAGUCCAGCGCCACCUGAUCAUCUCAACACUCACUAACACAGAUCGCAAUGAGAGCCCUUUACUUGGUCUUAUGCGCGACCAGUAUGGCAAUUAUGUUAUCCAAAAAGUUCUGGGUCAGCUGAAGGGUCAAGAGCGAGAGAUGUUGGUCGACCACAUUAAACCCUUGCUCACCGCGUUGAAGAAGUUCAGCUAUGGCAAGCAGAUCCUCGCUAUUGAGAAACUCAUUUUCAACACCAACGCCCCUGCGAACGCCCCUCCAAAUGCCCCUGGGACCGCGACACCUCCCCACUCCCACAAAUCGUCGCCUCAGCCCUCAACACGUAUCAUACCCACCUCGGAGCAGAAUGGUGGCCCCUUUGGCGCUGCUCCACCUACACCUCCUCCCAUUGACCUGUCGGCUACUCUUCAGUUGCAGCGCUCCAUUGACCUGGCUCGCGGCAGCGUGAACUCUGUUUCCAGCUCUGAGUCUGGCAGCAGCGACAGUAUCAACGGUGGUGUUAGCCUCAGUGUUCGCCGUAACGGCUCCAACGGAACCAACGGCGCUAACGGUGGUGUUCACCUGAACAUUGCCCAUGCCAACUAA